AUGUUCACAGGUCUUAUUGAGACGAUUGGGACUGUCACGGCCUUGGAGCCCCUCGAUACCUCGUCGAGCGGGGGCGGGGGAACGUCCCUCACCAUUUCCGACUGCGAGGAGAUCCUCACGGAUGCGCACCUGGGCGAUAGUAUUGCAGUGAAUGGAACAUGUCUUACCGUCACCGAAUUUGAUAAGACCUGGUUCAAGGUUGGUUGUGCGCCGGAGACGCUGCGGCGCACAAACUUGGGCUCCUUACAGACAGGCUCCCCCGUGAACCUCGAGCGUGCCGUCUCAGCGGAUACCCGGAUGGGAGGACACUUUGUUCAGGGUCAUGUCGAUACCGUUGCGGAGAUUCUGUCUGUCACCCCCGAUGGAAACUCGUUGGUGUUCCGCCUGCAGCCGCGCGACAGGGAAAUCUUGCGCUAUGUCGUGGAGAAGGGAUAUGUGACCCUCGACGGUGCUAGCUUGACUGUCACCAAGGUCGUCGAUGGGCAGGAUGGAUAUUGGGAGGUCAUGCUGAUUGCCUACACACAAGAGAAGGUGGUCACAGCGGCGAAGAAGCCCGGCGAUCUCGUUAAUGUCGAGAUUGAUAUCGUGGGCAAGUACGUCGAGAAGAGCGUGCAGGGAUACUUUGCCGGUACCUCCGGUGGAGACUUUGCUAUCUUGGAGAAGAUGGUGAACCGAAUUGUCGAUGGAAGACUCAAGAAAUAG